GGCGAGGAUCUGCGGCGAGAGGACCUGCGAGGGGCGAUCUACGCCGAGGCGGAUUUGCGACGGAGCGAUCUGCGGGAGAGCGACGCGCGAGGGGCGGUGUUCAGUCGAGCGGUGAUGCCGGGGGUGGACGCGCGAGACGCCGAUUUUUCAGACGCGAUGUUCGAUUACGCGCUGCUGCGAGGGAGCGAUUUCACGAAUAGCGUGUUCGUGGGGGCGAAUUUCGUGCGGGCGGAUCUGGGGGAGGUGGUGGCGACGAACGCGGACUUCACGGAGGCGGUGAUCGAUCGGUAUCAGACGCUGUCGCUGUGCGAACGGGCGUCGGGGACGAAUCCGUACACGGGGGCGAACACGCGGGAUUCGUUGCUGUGC